AUGGAAAAUUAUAACGUUUCAGAUACAAAUAAUUAUCUCCUUAAUCAAUCACAUUAUCCACCACAACAGUCCUAUGAUAAUAACGAAUCAUACGCAUACUCUAAAGCAGGAAAUGGUUCAGAAAACACAAAAUAUCAUUUUAAACAAGACAACUCUAAUGAUUUUGUAGGUGGAUAUCAACUCUCAAACGGUUAUUCCACAGUUACAGAACAAAAAGGCCAGAAUUUAAAUAAUUAUGAAUCCACCCAGUUUGUAGGUCACCAGUUCCAAACUAAUACCACAACUUACGAUAAUUCAUCACAAUUUCAGAAUUACCCCUCACAGUCAGAAUAUUAUUCAGUUCAGGGACAGCAGAAAACUGGUGAAAAAUAUUCUUCCCAAGAUGAAACUGAUUUACCAAAACAAAAUGACGCCUAUCAGGUUAAUUCAAAUAAUCAUUAUUCACAAUCAGAUCGAAACUAUGAUGGUUCAUUGACCACAGAAACCAGUAGAUCAUCAGGUCCCAAUGGAGAAAAACUAGAUCGCUAUGAUCGAGACCACAGACAUAGGAGAGAAUAUAAACGAUCCAGAAAUAGAUCAGUGGAUAGUAGAGAAAGUUAUCGUAGACAUAGAAGAAGAAGCCGCUCCAGAAGCUAUGAUAGAAGUGGCCAUAGAAGAAGCCAUAGCUACAGAAGACGAAGGAGUAGAAGUUACAGAAGAAGUAGAAGUAGAAGCUAUAGAAGUGGCAGACGUCAUCAGAGUUAUCGCUAUUCUAGACAUCGCUCGAGAAGUUUCUCCAGAUCACCGCACAGAGAACAAGAAUAUGAUUACCAAAAGGAUAAUAAGACUGAUAAUGAUAGGGAUCCCAGAGAUAUAGGCCUGGAUAUAAUGGAGAAGGCGAAAAUGCUUCGAUCUAAUGAAAUGGAAAGAAGAAGAAUGAAAGACAUAGAGGAAGCACAAAGAGACGACUUGACGGUUCUGGUCUCAAAUAUGCACCUCUCAGUAGAUGAAAGAGAUAUAUACGAGCUCUUUAGUGAACACGCGGGGAAAGUUAGAGAUAUCCAGUGUGUAAGAGAUCUCAGAAGUGGGCGCUCCAAAGGAAUAGCCUACGUAGAGUUUUAUACACAAGAAUCAGUUAUCAAGGCAUUGUCCAUGACAGGAAUGUCAAUGAAAGGACAAGGAAUAAGAGUACACAGCUCCCAAGCUGAAAAGAACAGAGCUGCAAAGGCAGCAAAGCAGCUUCAAGAUAAUGCCCUAAAGGAGAGUGACAACCCAACUACAAUCGUGGUUUCAAACCUGUUGGGAGUCUUGAGUUAUUUGAAUGAAAUUGAGUUAAACCAACUUUUUUCACCAUUUGGAAAUAUCAUAGACGUAGCCUUGGCGAGAACAGAUAAUGGAGAAUCCAAAGGAUACGCAUACAUACGAUUUAAAAGGUGGAAUGAAGCUAAAGAGGCAUUGAACGUCAUGAAUGGAUUCGAUAUCAACGGCCAACAAAUAAAAGUGGCGUACGCCAAUACAAGAAAGGAUCCAAAGAGUAGAUUGCACUCUUUAGGCGACUUGGAUAUGGAAAGACUUGACGACGAUGAUGCUGGCCUAAUAUCAGGAUCAAACGUUAAAAUAGCAUUGAUGAAGAAAUUACAACAACGCCAACCACUUAAUAGCUCAAACCUAGUGCUGAGCAACAUGUACACAUCCGCCGAUUAUGCAGACAACCACGAGUUUUUCGAUGAAAUUGAAGAAGACGUCAAAGAAGAAUGCGGAAAAUACGGAACCGUAGUACAAGUCUUCGUAAACAGAAGAAACCCAGAUGGAAAGGUUUACGUAAAAUUUAAAAAUAAUGAUGACGCACAAUCAGCCAACAAAAGCUUACAAGGAAGAUAUUUCGCAGGAAACACCAUACAGGUCUCGUAUAUCUCAGACGAUCAAUACCAAGAUGUUGUCAAUAAGUCAUAG